CUCAAUAUCUUCUUUUCUUUCGGUCGAUAACGCGCUAGACCGAUAUUUUCGGAGUGUUGCACGAACAGAAGUGGACUGUUUAGCUGGUUGCGGCGAUUGCGGAAUCUGUGGGCCAUCAUGGACAACGAUCAGCAGGAGCAUUCGGAUUCGGCUCCUUCCGAGCUGCUAAUUACCGGAAUGAUGAUGUCCGAUCCGCUCACCGGAUGGUCCAGUGGGGAGGUACCACUUGAGGCGCAGGAGGAGCAGGAGUAUCUGCAACAACCGACGGAAAUGGAAAUGGGAGAACCGUUUGCCGACGAAGGAUCAAACGAUGCAGAGGGACAGCACCAGCAGCAGCAGCAGCACCAGCAGCAAGCUUUGCAGCCACCCUCGCUUAUGUCUCUAAAUGUGGAUAGUCCAGAGUCGGACGAGCUGUUGCUGAAGAAACCGGCCGAACUGGUACUGCCGAAAGCUCUGGAGGACGUUCUCGCGCUGACGACGAUUCGUGUGCAGGAACUGGGUGACCAUCAAGGAUCACCACAGCCGGCUGGUGGCAGUGGCAACGUCGGUCAUGCUGAUGGUGCCCCUGUCAGCUCCUAUCUGGAAGCGGACGGUAUUGAGUCCGAAGACGAUAUGACAAACGAGACGCCCCUGGCCGGUGAUGAUGCAGAUAGUGACGUGCACGGCCCAAAGAUGACCGCGGUCGAAGGCAAACAGGACAAGAAUCGUCGCAAGAAAAAACGAAAGAAGGAAAAUCGUAGGGCGCGCCGGGAGCAGAUGCAAAAGGCGCACGAAGAGCGCACCCGGGAGCAGCUGACAGGAGAAACAAAGCAAACGGUGGCGACGGCUACUGCGGAUCAGCAGGACAAAAAUGGCGAGGAAGACGACAGUACGGAACAGCAGGCUAAUGGAGACGAACCCGAUGAUGAAACGAUCGAACAUCCGGCGGGAGAUGGUGGUGAUGGAACGAAUGGCGAGGAACGAGAAUCGAACGGUAAAUCGCCGCAAGAGGAGGAAGAGCAACCGCGUGGCAACGAGGAUGACGAGCAACAGAACGGCGAACCGGACGAGGAAGUGAACCAAAAUGGCGAUGAUCGCGAGGAACAACAAGAGAAUGGAAAAGAGAAGGAAGGCAAAGCAGCACCGAAGUUUGUUGGAAGCCGACGAAAGACGACGAAAGCGAAGGCAACGGAGAAUGGCAGCGAGCCGGUAUCGGUGGAGGACGUCGAGAUCGAGUACGUACCGGAGAAGAUUACGAUCGCUGAUCUGGGCCCACUCUACCGUCAGUUCUAUCGCGUGUUUGAAAUCUUCAAGCUCGACACGAAACCGAAAGAUACGGCCCGGGCAGGGGAAGAAGCGGACAGUGUGAAGGCGGCAGCGGAAAAAGCCGCGCUGAGCGAGAAGAUGGACGAGGAAGAGGACGAGAUGCUGGCCGGUGCCGAUGAGAAGGAUGAUCGGGAUAAGAUUUCCAAGCGCAAACUGAAGAAGCUGACCCGGUUGAGUGUCGCCGAGCUGAAGCAACUCGUGUCCCGUCCGGAUGUGGUGGAAAUGCACGACGUGACGGCGCGUGAUCCAAAGCUGCUGGUGCAGUUGAAGAGCCACCGGAACACGGUGCAAGUGCCACGCCACUGGUGCUUCAAGCGAAAGUAUCUACAGGGCAAGCGCGGUAUCGAGAAGCCACCGUUCGAUCUGCCCGCGUUCAUCAAGAAAACGGGCAUCAUGGAGAUGAGGGCUUCGCUGCAGGAGAAGGACGAGGCCAAGACGUUGAAGGCAAAGAUGCGCGAACGGGCUCGGCCAAAGAUGGGCAAGAUUGACAUCGACUAUCAGAAGCUACACGAUGCGUUCUUCAAGUGGCAGACCAAACCACGCAUGACGAUCCACGGCGAUCUGUACUACGAGGGCAAAGAGUUCGAGACGCGGCUGAAGGAGAAGAAACCGGGCGAUCUUUCCGAGGAGCUUCGCAUCGCCCUGGGUAUGCCGAUUGGUCCGGCUUGUCACAAGAUUCCGCCACCAUGGUUAAUCGCCCAGCAGCGCUACGGACCACCGCCGAGUUACCCGAACCUCAAGAUACCCGGACUCAAUGCACCCAUUCCGGAGGGCUGUUCCUUCGGGUACCAUGCGGGAGGCUGGGGAAAGCCACCGGUAGACGAGAGUGGAAAGCCACUGUACGGCGAUGUGUUCGGAAUGGCCGGAUUGGACGGAGAGGGUGGAAUGGGAGAGGAGGAAAUCGAUCGCACCGUUUGGGGAGAGCUAGAGUCGGAGUCGGAGGAAUCUUCCGAGGAGGAAGAGGAUGAGGGUGAAGAUCUGGCCGCACAACCGGACGAAAGUGGACUGGUAACACCGGCCGAGGGUCUCGUGACACCGUCUGGUCUGACGAGCGGAGUGCCAGCCGGUAUGGAAACACCGGACACGAUCGAGCUGCGCAAGAAGAAGAUUGAAAGUGAAAUGGAAGACAACGAGACACCGGUACUGUAUCACGUGUUGCCCGAGAAGCGCAAUGAACGGAUCGGUGGAGCGAUGAUGGCAUCUACCCACGUGUACGACAUCGGAGCGGCUGGCGGUGGUGCAGGACCGGCUGGUGGUACGGCAGGGGCCGCAGCCGGUGCAGGCCGCCGUGGUGGCGGCGGUGGUGUGGAUCGUGAAGGUAUGGUCGAACUGGCGCUGGAUCCUUCCGAACUGGACCUGGAUAACGAAGCAAUGGCACAGCGCUACGAGCAGCAGAUGCGCGAACAGCAGAGCCACCUGCAGAAGGAAGACCUCUCGGAUAUGCUGGCGGAACACGUGGCGCGACAAAAGUCGAAACGGAAACGGCAACAAACCGACACGACCAGCAAACAGUCGAAAAAGUACAAGGAGUUCAAGUUUUAACCGAACCGACCCAUACAUCCGGUCAUAUCGCAAUCGGGGGCGGCUUCUUCUGCGUAUUUCCAGUUUUCAUUUUCCCUGCUUUCGAACUCGGUAUCUUGGCGCAGUGGCAGAGAGAGAGAGAGAGAGAGGGGAAUUUUCUACAAACUAUUCACUUACUAGCCAGGAAAUAUACUAAAACGAGUAAUAAAGAGUCGCUAAAGUUUCCACCCAAU